AUGAGUGAAUCCCAUGCGGCACCAAUUCGAUAAGGUGCGCUGAGCUCUGUUUUUCUGCAACGUCAGCCUUAUUCUUGAGCAGCCUGGCGGCUAACAGGGGUCCCGCACAUGUAUACCGCGCCGUCGCACAUGCACUUGGGUUCUCCUUCAAUAGCAUGGUAUUAAAUGCACUACUCUAUAAUGGAAGAUUUGAUUGCCUGUACCCCUUUGACGAACGACAAGAUGGAGAUGCGAACCGCGCAACUCUUUUACCGCAGAAUCGCUCGCGACACUUCGAGACGACUCAAGAAUCUUCAGAGGAACCAGGUCGGUACAGCCGUGAGUCAACAGUUCCACUAGACGAGAGUGAAGACCCUGCUGUCACCCACACUGCCCCAUUCGGCAAUGGACUUCAGUUGACCUUUAGCUACGGACCAAAAGCCGGGCCUGGGUUUCUCCUUGGAACGGAUCCGAACAGUUGCGACAUCGUCCUCCCUCGACGGCCAGGUAUCAGCCGCCGCCAUUGCUACUUGACUUUCGACUCAGAGCGACGUUUGACUGUG